AUGAUUCUUAGCAAACAAAAUGGCAUCCUAAACAUCAUGAAUUUUAAAGCUGGACCUGAAUCUGAAACACCUGAGAUCGAGCGAGAGUCCUAUGACAACAUGUCUCCGAACGAAGUUGAGGGAAUCGCAAAUGAUGUGCCUACUUCGUAUGGCGAGUCGGUGUUGAAUACUGGUUCGACACCUGUGAAGAGAUUUGUCAUUGCUGAUUCUGAUGAUGACGUUACGGAUACUGAAGAUGACGAAUUGGAUUCUAGUAAGCCAGAUGAGAGGAUUUACAUGGGAGAUCAUGACUACGCUGUCUCAUAUAAUUUGAACCCCGUGGAUGAAAUGAAGUCAUCGGAAGUGUUUCCAUUGAUUCCUGGGCUUUCUGAACUUGGCUUAAUAUCCGAUGGUCUGGAGAUAGCUAGUGAUCAACAUGUGGUGCAAAGCCGAACAUUUACGACCUCUCAAGUUGGUUAUGAACAACGGGAGCCAAAUAUCAUUAAUAGUACGCGACUAGGGAGUGGUGCUUCAAGUCUACUAAUGCAACAGCGACAACCUAAUGCUAUGACCAGUGCACCACUAAUUCAGCGUCAGGCCGACCCUCCACCGCAUAGGGCUUUACAUCAAGGAUCGGAUCCACCACCCCAUAGGGUUCUCCUGCUGCAGGGAAGUGCGGGUUCUCGUGUUGCUUUUUCACCAGCAGAUCCUAGUCAAGCAGCAUUGGCUAAUGCCCCAGCCCCGCUGAUCGUGUCUAGUCGUGGAACACGUCCGAUUGUCCGUGGAAGAGGAGCCAUGUUGUUCCCACAGAUUGUUUUAGUUCUUCAUUUUCGUGGUGCUUGGAAAAGUAGAUGGUUCGAGCAUUUUCGUGUGAGAGAUUGGGCUUUUCCUCUUGGCCAUAAUCCUACAUUGUCUACCGAUGCCAUAGCAGCUGCUUCGUCUCUCUCUGCACAUUCUGAUGUCAAUCAGCCACAGUGGGCCAAUAAUGAUAUUUCGGAGGAGGAUAUCAAGGCGAAGAUUGAGGCUAUUAGUCGCGAAAUCGCCCAGGCAGAAGGACACAUUCUAUGUAUCAAGUUUCAGGAGGAAGAAAAGAAGCGUAUAGGGGCAGAGGUGCAGGUGAGAGAAAAAAGACGACCAAUGGGCGACGCGUCUUCAGUUCGUCGUGUCUCGGGAUACGAAAUUCCCUUGACCGGCGGUGAGCAAAUAGAACUAGGCGACACUGCUCCAGUUUCUCCGAGAAGCCGUGGAAGACCAAAAGGAGCGGGCAGAGCUCGGUCAUCGUUGAGCAGCAGCAGCAGUACUAGUGUGGCAGCACCUUGUGCGACGCCUUCAUAUCAUGAUAUACCAGAUGUGCCGUCCAGUACAGCAAGAAUACCAGAUUGCCAGUCAUUACGUUCAUCUGGGCGUUCUUCUGUCAGGACAACGCCUGCAACUACGACCUAUGACGGCUCUAUGGCACCUGAAUUGCCUCCUCCCUUACCUCCCAUUGCGGGGACUGCCUCCCGAAAUCGUGGAACGUAUCGCAAUGCCGGUUUAGCAUCGCCUUCUCAUGUUCAUUCGCAAAAAGUUCCUGUGGAUCAUGAUGCGAAUAUCCAAAGCUACCAACAAAGAGAUCUUAAUGGAUUUCACCAAGGUGACGAUCUUGCAGAUAUAAGUACAGAUCCAAGUAGUGAUGAGGAGGAGAUCGUGGAGGAGGUUGAGUGGGGUGAUUAUGUAACACGUUGUUUGUGUGAAAUGCAGCACAACGAUGAAUGGAUGGUGGAAUGUGAGCAGUGCAACGUUUGGCAACAUAUGAAGUGUAUGGGUCUCGAUCCUAAAAAAUUUAAUCAAAGUGACACUUACUUGUGUGAAUGCUGUAGGCCUCGACCGUUGAAGUACACAAAGAAACAAGCACAAGACUUGCAAAUAAAACAGUUAAAAGCUCUUUCACGGGAAAAGGAACGAAAGAUGUUGGAAAAAUUGAGAAGACGAGAGGAGAGGAAGCGUGCUAAGUUGAAUCGCCGCCUGAAAGAGCGUAACCAAGCUAAAACUACAAAGCGUGGACUGGCUGCUUUCAAAAAGUUCCAGAUGAUUCGACGUAACGAGUAUACAAAACGAGCUAAGCAGAUGCUAGCUUUGUUCGACACAACAGCCGGUGCACAAAGUAUUCUUGAGAAUUCUCGUGAUCUAAAACGCGGAAAGCGCAUGUUCGUGGCUCCGGAUGUUGAAGGUCUUGUGGCAACAGAAUCCAUCAAGCAAGAUGAUGUCAUUAUGGAAUACGUAGGGCAUGUAUGCUUGCCAGAUGAGUGUCCUGGAAGGUUGCAGCGCGGUGCGUUGCAGCCAUUUUGUGUUUUAUAUAAUGGACUUGGUCAAAACCUGCUCUGUAUUGAUGCUCGUCGUCAAGGAAGCGAUGCUCGCUUCGCUCGAAGGUGCUGUCGAUCGAAUUCAACACUCAAGCACGUGUUGCUAAAUGGAUGUAUUUAUGUGAUGUUGGUUGCAUCGGAAAAGAUCGACAAAGGAACCGAGGUUACUAUACCUUUCGAUUGCGACUUCCGCGACACUCUCGUCCCUGUGGAGUGCGCUUGUGGGGAUGAUCCUAGCUGUUACAUGAGGCAGUUCAACAAUUCUCUUCGCGGGAAAACUUCAUUUGAAGAACGUGGCAGCCAAGGUUUAUCCACGCGGCUGUCUAAUGGUAGUACCUCUGGUCGAAAAACGACAACUACUGCGCAAAAAAGUAAAAUUGAAAGCCGUGGUCAUCCCAAGCGAAGCGGGAAGAAGGAAAAGUCCAGUGAAACUCUUCGGAAAAAGGGAACUCGCAAUAAGAAGCCGAAAAAGAUUAGGAUUCGUCUUCAUCGUCAUUCUGAUAACAAAAACACAAAGUCUUCAGACGAUUCGUUAGAUCAGGGUAACGCUGUCGAGCAUGAAAAUGAAAGAGAAAUAGAUACCGUGGAAGAGCAGAAAUCAAAAGUUGGAUUGUCGUCUCCUGCACGAUCAAAAGAAAGUGUGGAAAGCAGUGAGGUAAAAAAGAAGAACGAAGAAUCACUUGAAAGUGAAUUAUCUCAACCAUCAAACAACAAAAUCGUUGACGUAAAGAAGACAGCACCCUAUUCUUCAAAGAAAGAAGAGCACCAGUUGGGCGCUAAACGAUCCAGCAUAGGUUCGAGUCGUUUUCCCAAAAGGGAAGCAAUCGAACUGAAAGAAGUGAUGGAUUACACACUGCCUGAGGAUAGAAAUAAGCCUAGUCGAGAAGAACGGAAACUACAGGCUGUUGUAGCAGCUUUUGAAAAAAAAGAAGAGAAGGAAAAGAAGAAGAAGACCGAAGCGCACAAAGAUGCAAAUAAUUUAAAGGACAAGAAAUUUCGGGGUGGGACAUUUCAGGGCACUGGUCGAUCAUCAAGAACGAGCACAAGAGAAGACUCCAAAGAAAACGAAGUUGUUGAAGUGACAACUAUAGCUCAGCCACCAAGGAAACGCUGGGCUGCAGCUGUGAAAGAGAACGAAGUGACACAGCGAGCGUCAUCUCCUGAAGUCACUUCCUCGUCAUCUACUACGUCAGCAGGUCCUUCGGAUAUUGGGUCUACCUAUUCUGUGAAUCUUAAUAGUGUUGGGGGCAAGAAACUUUGGUUGCGCCGACAUGCUGCAGAAUCCGUUAGCGAAGAAAGUCUUCAAGCCACUGAAAUAUCUGCCACUUCUGAACCGCAAUCAUGUGCUGCUGAUUCUACAAGUGAUAUCGCCGCAGUGCCACCUAAGGUGCAGAUCAGCCCACUAAAGAAGAGACGUCAUAUACUCGAUGCUUGUCGGUAUGACGAACAUGUUGCUGCUACAGCAUUAGCUCAGAUGGGAGGGAAAAGCGCAGAAGGCUUUCGCUUUCAUUGGAAAGUGGCUUUGCGUUGUGUCAUGUCAAAUUUUAAUGACGGAGAAAAUACGGAGUUCCAACUGGCGGAAGUUAUACAAAAGCCGCUACCAUUGCCGUCACUUCGUAAUGGCAGCAAACCACAUGGCACUGUUGCCGUUGAUACUUCAACAACACCAUCGUCUUCGCAGUUGCCUAUAGUAUCUACAAACGAAGUUAAAAAGGCAAAGCGGUUGAGUUUGGAAGACUAUAAGAGACGUCGAAACACUAUGGGUUCUUCUGACCAUGGGAACGCAUCGAGUAGAGUUCCGUCACAAAGCUUUUCGGGAACUACCACCAAUGAACGUAAAAAUCACAUCGGAGAGAAUAUGACCAGACCAACUCGUUCUUUUAUGCCAUCUAUGGACUUGCCUGUGGAGCAGAAUCCUGUGCUGCCACCCUUGGACACUGAUAUCCCCAUUCCUUCAUUAGGUGUGCCACCAGACCUAGAAGUAGUGAAGAAAAUGAUACUUCAAGAGUCAUGCAUUCCUCCUCCACCAGCACCUCCUUCAUUACCCACUCAAAAGGAAUCUCCAACAAGUGCCGCGUUAGCAUCAUCUAGUGAUAUGUCAAUAGCUUCCAGCUCUGAAUCUGGCGAAGAAAGGAUGUCAUUGGCUGAUCGUCUUGCUAAAGAGUUCGGUGUAGGUACCGCAGGAACUUACCGCCAUUCCUCCAAAAUGACGACUCCAUCCGGCCAGCGGCCAUGUGUCGCAGCAGAUGUCCCACCACCACCUCCUCCUGGUCCGCGUCCAACUCGUAGUACCCGUUAG